CAAUUUCACAACAGUAUUGUAUCAUAUUAUCAGUUAUCACCAAAUGAUUAAGAUAACCUGCAGGGGGGUCAUCAUCGAAUAAAGUCUUUCGACACGUAUGAACGACUUGAAUAGUAUUGAAUUCGCAGUUCAGUGGAACUCACAACAUUGUGGACUUUAUUUGUUGAUAAUAAAUUAUUGUUGUCGUGCGCACGUAUCGAUUGAUUUCUCGGGCUUCGGCUAAAAAGCAACAAAUAUUUCCCAGUGAUCAGUGUACCUCUGCGUUUGUUAGUUGUGAUGUGUGUGUAACUGUAAAGCUUUUCAUUUUUUAAGUUAUUGUUCUGAAUUAAUUUGUGUAUUCUAUUUUUGCGGUGCGCAGAACCAGUGACGUAUAGAGUAGUCCGAUUGAUUGCCGACCAUGUCGCAGAUAAAGUUGAUAAGCCGCGCUAGUCGCGUGUUGUCCGUGUCCGGUGUAGCAGUGCGGGCAGAGUUAAGCGGAACGGUUUUACCACAGCCACAAGGAAAUCAUACGAGCGUUAGAACCAUGGCGAGUGCACAGAAAAAAACUCUAACUUUGGAAACAUUGAACCCAAACAUUACAAAAUUAGAAUACGCCGUACGUGGACCUCUAGUCAUCCGCGCCGCUGAAAUAGAAAAGGAGCUUGAGAAGGGAGCACAGAAGCCGUUCAAGCGAGUGAUCAAAGCAAACAUCGGAGAUGCUCACGCCAUGGGACAGCAACCCAUCACCUUCAUCAGACAGGUAAGGACGUCUGCCCUCACUCGUCAAUGGCAGCAAAACGAAUCGAAAAAUUUGUUAGCUAGUAUACAACCAUACACUUAUACAGUGUCAAAUGAAUUAGGUACCUAACAAAUGAAAUCUGAU